AUGCCUGUCGUGUCCAGAGUCGUGUCUAUGGGUCUGCGUGUUUGCGAGCUCGCUUUCGCUGGUAUCGUUGCGGGCAUCGUCGGCUCCUACCUGGAUGACUACCGCCACGGCAAUGGUUGGCCCCUUGCGCGUUUCAUCUACAUCGAAAUUCUGGCUGGAAUCUCUCUUCUUCUUGGUCUACUCUGGCUGCUCCCAUUCGCAGGCGGCUUCUUUCACUGGCCUAUGGAUAUCAUCCUGUCGUUUGCCUGGUUCGCCUCUUUUGGGCUCCUCGUCGAAUGGGCGAAUGGCACCAGCUGCGAUGGAGACACCUUCGACUGGAAUCAAAUCAGCUUCCACGGAUUCUGCGGUCGCUAUAGGUCUGCUGAGGCGUUCUCAUUCUUAUCUGCGAUUUUCUGGAUCUUCAGCGCCUUGGUGGGCAUCUGGUUCGUUCAUCGAGAGAGGCGCAAGACUGUUGCGGCCGCUCCCGCUGACGGAGCGUAA